AUGCCAGGUCCCUAGCGGAGGCACAGACGAGGAGACCACUCUCAUAGGUGUUUCCCACCCCCGCAGACGGCGAUGACCCCCAAGCCGGCCGGACCCCCGGACGGGGGCUGGGGCUGGGUGGUUGCGGCCUCAGCCUUCGCGGUGAAUGGGCUCUCGUACGGGAUGUUACGCUCGCUGGGCCUUGCCCUCCCUGACUUCGCCGAGCACUUCGACCGAAGUGCUCAGGACACUGCGUGGGUCAGCGCCCUGGCCCUGGCAGUGCAGCAAGCAGCCAGCCCGGUGGGCAGCGCCCUGAGCACCCGCUGGGGGGCACGUCCCGUGGUAAUGUUUGGGGGCGUCCUCACCUCUCUCGGCUUCGUCUUCUCGGCUUUCGCCCGCAAUCUGCUGCACCUCUACCUCGGUCUGGGCCUCCUCGCUGGCUCCGGCUGGGCCCUGGUGUUCGCCCCUGCCCUGGGUACCCUCUCUCGUUACUUCUCGCGCCGUCGAGUCCUGGCAGUGGGGCUGGCGCUCACUGGCAACGGGGCCGCUUCUCUGCUCCUGGCGCCGGCCUUGCAGCUCCUCCUUGACACUUUCGGCUGGCGCGGCGCCCUGCUCCUCCUUGGCGCCACCACUCUCCACCUCACCCCUUGUGGCGCCCUCCUGCGACCCCUGGCCCUCCCCGGCGACCCUCCGGCUUCCUCUCGCGGGCCCCUAGGGGCCCUCGGCCUCAGUCUCUUCACUCGCCCGGCCUUCUCGGUCUUUGCUCUGGGCACGGCCCUGGUGGGGUGCGGAUACUUCGUCCCCUACGUACACUUGGCCCCCCACGCCUUAGAUCGGGGUCUGGGGGGUUACGGGGCCGCGCUGGUGGUUGCGGUGGCUGCGGUGGGGGAUGCGGUCGCCCGGCUGGUGUGCGGGUGGCUGGCGGACCAGGGCUGGGUGCCCCUCUCGCGGCUGCUGGCGGUGUUCGGGGCUCUGACAGGCCUGGGGCUGCUGGCGGUGGGACUGGUGCCAGUGUCGGGCAGCGAGGGCUGGGGGGGGCCUCUGCUGGCAGCGGCUGGGGCCUACGGGCUGAGCGCCGGAAGUUACGCCCCACUGGUUUUCGGGGUGCUUCCGGGGCUAGUGGGCAUCGGAGGCGUUGUGCAGGCCACGGGGUUGGUGAUGAUGCUGAUGAGCCUCGGGGGGCUCCUGGGCCCUCCCCUGUCAGGCUUCCUAAGGGAUGAGACAGGAGACUUCACCGCCUCCUUCCUCACGUGCGGCUCCUUCAUCCUUUCCGGCAGCUUCAUCUACAUGGGGCUGCCCAGGGCGCUGCCCUCCUGUGGUCCAGCUUCACGUCCAGCCACCCCACCGCCUGAGAGGGGGGAGCUGCUCCCCGUUCCUCAGGUUGCCCUGCUCUCCCCCAGAAGUCCCCACCCCACUCUGGACACCACUUGUUGA